AUGGAUCGGCAGGUUUAUCAACCUACUUAUGAAAGGGAGGAUCCAGCAAAAGAUCGUCUUAAAUACAAUCCUGUUUUUCUUCGAGAUAAACAUGGCAUUUUCAAGAUCACUGAGAUAUUUCACUUUUGUUUUCAGAUAAUUUUGACGAUUUGCGCCUUCAUUUCUGUUGGAUCACACUUUGCUUUUCGAGACAGUGGUUCGGGCGGAUGGAUAAACUUCACUCUUUCGCUGUCUCUCAUAAUAUCCCUGUUUUUCUUCUUCGGGUACCUUUUCAACCUCAUCCCCUUUCUUCCUGGACCAUGGGCUGUUAUUCUCUUGCCUUUGCGAACCGUGACACCUCAAGCUCUGCCUAUGGCAGUUGUUCGGGUGGUUGUAAUCGUGAACCUGAAGAUGGUCGUCAACAUAAGCCUGCCAUCGCUUCGGGCCGUCGUUGGCUCGUUGGAUCAGUACUACUUCCUCUUUCAGGGGUUGGAUUUGGGUUUCUUUGGCCACCUUUGGCGUCCUCGAAGGGAGUCACCUCUUGCAGCGUCGAGUACAUUGCCAUACUUAUCCUUCUGUCUCCUCUUCAUCGCGGACUUUGUCUGUCAAUGCCUUCUCGCCUUCCUCAUCCUCAUUUCGAUGAUUGUCGCCGCGGCAUUCUCACCCUACUCCAAUGCGGCUAUUGCAGCAGCGGUAAUCACAGAGCGGCACGCCAAUGUGAGUCAGGGGAAGGUUUUAAGUGACUUUGCGUCGCGAUGGCGUCACAACGUCACUCUAUCGCCAUUUGGCGGAAAUGUGAAAUGUAACGCCUUCAUGAAGCUGGUCACUCCUUGGGUUAGCAAGCCUGUCUGGAAAAUUCAUUUUGCGACAGGUCAAGCUGUCACUGCGGUAGCUGACGAGGCACAAAGGGUCGCCAGCACUUUUCAUGCCUCAGCAUGCUCCACUGACGCUUGUUUCAAUAAGUUGCCCCUUUUCUUCUCCUCCCAACAGGUGUUCUGUGCAUUCUUGUCAUUUUGCUACCUCAUUGAAACGUUGAUGCGAUUCUCCGUGAAACGCGAGGGCGAUAGAAUGGUUAUUGCCACUCAUGGCGUCUUUCGGAGCAGCGCAUCUGGCGGCGCUGACUUCCAACGAGCGCCCACAGACCCCGCUACCGAUGGUUACGGAAUGCCCUGA